AUGGUUGUGAAGCGUAGACAUGACCCGACGGAGUACAAGACGACGACGGGACCGAUGGAGAACGCGGAUCUUCCGGUACAAGCGUGGAAGAUACAGGAACAGGGGUUGCCGUUCGCGGAGCUGAAGAUACCGAAGGCGUACAACUACGUCGGGAAGAAGCCGCCUGGACAGUUCGGUUGCAGCAGAUGCGGAAGAUCGUACAUGAGGAAGGACUCGUUGCAACGGCACGUGCACUGGGAGUGCGGCAAGGAACCGCAGUUUCAGUGCCCGUUCUGUCCGCAGCGUUGCAAACGGAAGGCCCAUUGGCUGAGGCACAUACGCCGUCAGCACAUCGACAAGAUAGGGGACGUCGAGUCCUAUCUGCUUGCCUACACGCCGAAACUUGAGAUUCUCUGA